UUUCACUUUUGUGCUUUGGAUGAAAGCCUCUGCUAAAUGCAUAAUGUAAAGCAAGACAAUAGGGAAUUUUUAGGAUUUUUUUAAAUUAAUAUAAUAAGUAAUAUUCGGGUCUGCGAUAUUUCUUUGCAUAGAAAUGUUGAUUGUUGAUGUAAUAUCUAUUAAAUGAUUUGUAAAAGCAAAAACUGGUUUUCACAAACUGGUUGGUUUGGUUUUAAUGAUUUACUUUAGGGGGGGAUAAUAAGAUAAACGGAUCGAAAUGAUUAAAUCGAACAUAAAAAUGGAAAUAAAAAAGCUAAAUGGAGGCAUUAAAUUGUUUACAAAAUAAAAGUUUUUGGUGUUGCUGAACUGCAAAAAACGCUUUUCCAUUUUUAAUUUUAUAGUUGUGUUAAAUAAAAGUAGCCUAUUAGUUAACGUUCUGUAUCACAUGUCAUAAGCACGAAGGAGAUCCACAAAAUAUAGCCAUGUCACAAAUCCUAAUUGUAUUUAGCCUGUGAAUUAAAAAUGACGUCAUUUCCGGAUCGUAUUCUUCAGCACAGAAGCCAUUGCAAAAUCAGUGACAUCACAGCAGCUUUGAAGCUUGAACCGUAUAUAUAUUUAUCUAAAAGUGUCUCCUGUGACGCAGAAGUCUUGACGUAACGUGUGCGUCGGCGCUAGAGGGCGCUGUGUGAGCCGCGCAUGCGCGCUGAGCUUUGUGUACUUUCAUAUACGUUCAGCCUCUCUCAGGACGUUCCGCGUUUUAAUCCGACGAAAUGAGCUUUUAUUCGCCGGAUAUCUCAAUAUCGCGAGCGGCGUUUUAAAAAUACACAUCCCGAGCUGCUUUAUUCCGCUCCAGGAUGAAGGCGACAGAUCAGCGACGCUUCGUUCAGUGCGCAGAACCUCUGAACGCUUUAAUGGGCUUCAGAUCAUAGUUAAAAGGUUUUAAGAUGUUACGAGGGAUCCUUUCACUGUAACUGUCAAGGUACUCUUUUUAGGAGGAACCAUAAACAGUCAAAGUGUGCUACAGCGUUUGAAGUGAACACGAUCAGCAUGACCCUGGUGUUGACCCCUGCGGCCGUGUGCCAGUGCUUCACGCUGGUGUCGCUGUGCACGUCCAUCGCAGAUCCCAACUGGAUCCAGGUCCAGAACUGCUCUGAUUCGAGCAGCAAGCUCAUCUACGGCGUGGCCUUCACGCUGCACGCCUAUCAGAACCUCACAGACACCGGUCCGCUGGGAGGUCUUCACGGAUGGGGAAUGUGGCUGCUGUAUGCUCUGGCCGUCCUCUGCUACGGCGCCGUCCUGUUGUCCAGCUGCUCUUUCCUGCUGGACUUCCUCGGAGCGGCGGUCACUCGCUCAAAGCUGGUGAUGUCCCUGCACGUCUUCACAGCGCUCCUCUGCGUGGCGGUGCUGGGUGUGUGUGUGGCCUGUAUGAGUGUGAUCGAGCGCAAUCUUCAGCGAGGGAAGGCCGAAAGCCGGCCGGCGCUCUGCAUGUCUGCAGGAGAGAGCUUCUACAUCGAGAUGCUGGGCCUGCUCUUCUCCUUCAUAGCCUGCGCUUUGGCCCUCAGGGGCCGCCCGAACCCCGUCAGGCCCUGCGAGUACCUGAGCGUGGAAGGAGCGGACAGCGACACGGAGCCUCUGAUCGGCGGAGCCGAGAGGGACGACUGACAAGAACAGGUGAUCUCAGGAGCUCGUACGGAACCAAUCAAAUCCUGAAUUGAAGAAUCGGCUCCUUCUGAUUCGUCAGUGUGAAUUUGAAUCGAAUUGAACGGGGAACGCUUCCGUGGAGGUUCUCUCAACGUCGUCGACAGAAACAUCUGCAGAGGGUUUGUUCAGGGUUAUCUCAUCUCUGUUAAUGUUUUAAUAACGACGUUAGCACAAGAACUUAAGUUUGGGAAGUUUUUGAGUUUGGGUCGGUUGUUCAUCCAGCGUUUUUUAAACGUUAUUUAAUAGUUACCAAACAUUCCAAAUAUCUGAACGCAGAAGGAUUAAACGGAACGUUCUUUCACUGUUUGAAUAACCGAGAAAAAACAUUUUAAAUAUUAAAAUACGAAAUUACCUGAACACAGAACGGUCAAAACAUUAUGUCAUUGAUAUAUUUAUUAGCUGAUAUGUAGAGCUGAGUUUUCAGAAUUGAUUUGGAAUAAUGUUGUGAAAGCAACGCGUCGUUUUCAGAUAAUUGUUUUUUACUCUAUAUUUAAAUCUCAGGGACAAACUAAAGCAUUCUGGGUUUAAAGCACAACAAUCCAUGAACUCACAUUUAAUUAGGUAGGACUUUAUUAGUAGCGAAAGACAUUGACGUUUAUAAUUAGAAAUCUCUUUAGAUGAAUUAAAUUCACAUUUUCCACACAAUUCCAAAAAUAUUAACAUCAUCUAAUGUUCCUAAAGUAGCCUAAAUGUUGUGUGAUGGGUGUGUUUAUGGGUAACUUGUUAUUAACGUCUUAAUGCAUUUGGUUCCAUUUUAAUUCUACGUAAUUGGCAAUUCUAUAUCCUGUUUGCUGCCUCAAUUCAGAUUCAUUUCGUAUUCAGCGUUCCCCUCACUGAUGAUGAGUUAGGAGCUAAAGAGAAGGACACCAAGAGCUCAGAACCCAUAUUUAUGAUGAUACCAAGUGCUCUAGGUCAGAAUAAAAUAAACGCUGAGUUAAAUACACGAUGAAGAUUAUUUUGGAUGUCGGAUUAGAUGUGUUUCUGUAGCUCUUGCUCCAUCGGUUCUGCAGCGCACUUUCCGUUCAGCUUUUCUCUGCUUUCAGACCAACUGAGUGCUCGCUCGCUUUGUUUCAGGGUUUAUAAACGAACGCUCUCAGCCUUCAUGCCAGCGCUUUAUGAUGCAUAAUCGUCGUUAUUAUUCAGUUUGUACGUAAAUAAGAAUAAAUACAAAUCGUAUAAUGCUCUAUGUAAUCUAGUUGGCCGUGUUCCAGACAGCGAGUGUGAACAGAAAGUGGACUGAGACCCGAUCCGCAUUUAGAUCGCUCCGCUUUCUAGUGCACUGGAAGCAAACAGAACAGAAGGGUGAAGCCUAGCAUGUUCAGGGCUGGUUUUAUUUUGGCAGUCAGUGAUUUCCGUAGAGAAACUAAUGAACAAAUUUAACGUCAAUCCUCUACGUGCCUUGAGCUUCCUGGAAGAAAAAAACAUCCACAAGACUUACAUUUUAUUUAUUCAAGAGUUCGACCUGUGGGUUUUUUUUUCCCGUACUGUAUUUGUAUUCCCUCUUUUAACCAUAAUCAUAUUGCACUAUUUUUCUCUAUUUAUUUGAUGUUCUAGUAUUUUACUGUGAUGUUUUGUUCUGUCAUCGUUCACAAACCUUUCUCUCAUUGACAGGAGGAUUAUCAGUGAACGAUGAAUUAAACGUGUUCCGUAGGUAUUAUAGUUAACUAACGCUGAAAUCAAAAAACAUUUUGUUACAAGAAAUGGAAAGUGUCCAGAAAAAGUGUGAUAAUUUCCACAAAAUCCUCUGAUGUUUCAACGUUUCUGGAAGGUUUGGGAAAUGUUCUUGAAAUGUUUCGCUUGAAAUAAAAUAAACGCAAAAAAUGCAAACGUUUUAGUUCCACAGGUUGCAGCAGUUCUCACCAAAACGAUAUAAACUGCAACCGACAAAAUUCACAUCAAUCACUAAAACCUGAACUAAAAAUAAAGUGAAAACAAAGUAUAAAAAUGCAAUCUAAUACAAAGACUAUAGGAGUGUAAUGAUGCUGAAAAACCCUUUCAAGUUCAUGAAAGUUUAUGAAUUGUUUAGAUGAAUUUUGGACACUUUCCCGCUUCUUUGUGUGGCUUGAAAGUCAAUAGGGUUGGAGCAGCAUGACAGAGAGUGAACGAAUCUGUAACGAAUCUGUGAAUCUGUAACGAAUCUGCAGUGGUGCAAUAUUUGAUUUCUCCUUAUAAAACACUGUGAGGCUGCUGUGUGGAGUAUAAAUACACCCCGGGUCUGAGGAGGAGUUGCAGAGUUUGCGUUUACGAUUAAACCCCUUUUUAAUUUGACGUCAUGUGAACAAGCGCAUCUGUCGUCUCCCUCCCUCCGGGGUCCGGGCUGAUGGCCGAUCGGUGUUCCUGUAGAAAAACGCGCCUCUCUGGAAUCGUGGGACGCGGAGCUCGGCUGUGCCUUAAUUUCUCGGCUCUCCCUAAUUAGACUGCAUCCAGCGCCUCUCUCUCCGUCACGUGACGCCAGCUUCUGCUCCAGUUGGACGGAGACCAUCGCCAUAGUAACCUUGAGAAGUUGUUGAUGUCACCGAUGAAUUUGUGAAUGGAGAGAGAGAGAAAGCGGAGCGAGAUAGGAGAUGUGAUGUUUAUCAUGUUGAACCCGAGCUCUACAUCUGUUCACCUGUGGAUCUGUGGCACUGAUAUAUGCUCUGUUUGUGUGUUUAUGAGGAAACGCUCUGCUUCUGAUGUUUGGUGUGAGUUUGUUUUUAGAGCUGUGCAUGCAUGUACCGACCCUCGUUCUGAUUUUGUUGCUCGACUGAAGUUGAAGCUAAAUGCUUAAUUGAAUGUUUAAAUUAAAAUAACGCUUCAAACAA